ACAGAAUCCAUACACGAACUCCCCACCUCGCCCUUGGUAUUGCAAGAUAUUCUAGCGCCUGCAAGUCAAGCAGAUCCAUUCAAAUCCUGACUGCGCUCUUCUACGGCAACAGCUGUGCUCUACACCUCUUGUCGUCGUUUCUUACAACAGACGUAUCAUCGCCCUCGUCCCAACCACUGCUUCACCUUUCCGUCCUUUGAGCUUCUACAGCGCUUUGCCAUGGCCGACUUCGUCCGCCUCUCCAUCUUUGGUACCGUAUUCGAGGUCACCACCCGAUAUGUGGACUUACAGCCCGUGGGCAUGGGAGCCUUUGGACUGGUGUGCUCCGCAAAGGAUCAAUUGACCAGCACCAGCGUGGCUGUCAAGAAGAUCAUGAAGCCAUUCAGCACACCAGUGUUGAGCAAGCGUACAUACAGGGAGUUGAAGCUCCUGAAGCACAUCAGGCACGAGAACAUCAUCAGCUUGUCCGAUAUCUUCAUCUCUCCCCUGGAGGACAUUUACUUUGUCACCGAACUCCUCGGUACCGAUCUGCAUCGGCUGCUCACCAGUCGACCUCUGGAGAAGCAAUUCAUCCAGUACUUCCUUUAUCAGAUUCUCCGCGGCUUGAAGUACGUCCACUCUGCAGGUGUAGUGCACAGAGAUCUGAAACCAAGCAACAUUCUGGUCAACGAGAAUUGUGACCUCAAGAUCUGUGAUUUCGGCCUCGCUCGUAUCCAAGAUCCACAAAUGACUGGAUAUGUGUCCACGAGAUAUUACCGAGCUCCAGAGAUCAUGCUGACAUGGCAAAAGUACGAUGUUGCCGUAGACGUCUGGUCUACGGGCUGCAUCUUCGCCGAAAUGCUGGAAGGCAAGCCCCUCUUCCCAGGAAAGGAUCACGUCAACCAGUUCUCGAUUAUCACGGAGCUGCUCGGCACGCCGCCUGACGAUGUCAUCAAGACUAUCUGCUCUGAAAACACGCUUCGAUUUGUUCAGUCGUUGCCCAAGCGUGAGAGGGUACCAUUCAGCCAGAAGUUCAAAAAUCAGGAUCCACUCGCUCUUGACCUGCUGGAGAAGAUGCUUGUCUUUGAUCCUCGCACCAGGAUCACAGCCACAGAAGCCCUGGCCCAUCCUUACCUGGCUCCUUAUCACGAUGAGACGGAUGAGCCAGAGGCAGAGGAGGCUUUCGACUGGAGCUUCAACGACGCGGAUCUUCCCGUGGAUACGUGGAAGGUGAUGAUGUAUUCUGAGAUUCUUGAUUUCCACAACAUCGAGAAUGGAGAGCAGAGUGAGGGUGCAGUGCCCCCUGUCGCUGGCGAGGAGCAGAAAUAAGGCAAGGCAUCGCACAGGGACGGUCACCAGCACGAACAUGCGGGACGUGAAGAGGGCGCUUGUAGGGACAUGUCAUUCGCAAUUCGCAGCUGGGCAAGCAGGGCCAGCGAGUCUUGCG